UUGAUACUGUGACAAACGACACACCCUUGUACAAGAUGGCGGAAGUGAUUCGUUGUCAGCGAAUAAUGGAUUAACUAACUUUAACUAAGACUGUGGAACAUGGUUAUGUUUAGGGUUACAAAAUACUUCAAUACAUCUCAACUAUAAAUUAACACUUUAUCAGUUUCAGCUUCAACUUGGUCCAUACUUAUAUAGUGUUUGAUGUGCUGAUUUAAAAAUAGUGAGUGAAUUGAUUAGAUUGUACAGUAACAUCCUCAAAUACAGACAUAGUACACAUAGUUCUACUUUAAACAAAAAGAAAUGAUGCAAAGUCAACAGUUAUUGAUGAGUCACCAGAUGGAAGACCUUAGGACCAAACAUCAGCCUGGCAUGAAAAGUACCAAUAGAGAUGUACAUGGUCGCCUUAGCAUAGACCCAGAAGUUCGUUUCACAAAACUGGAGAAGAUAGGCAAAGGCUCUUUUGGAGAAGUAUACAAAGGAAUUGAUACUGAGACAAAAGAGGUUUUGGCCAUCAAAAUUAUUGAUCUAGAGGAGGCUGAAGAUGAGAUAGAAGACAUUCAACAGGAAAUUAUGGUCCUCUCACAGUGUGACAGUCCCUAUGUCACGAAAUAUUAUGGCUCCUAUCUAAAAGGCUCCAAAUUGUGGAUUAUUAUGGAGUACUUGGGAGGAGGAUCUGCACUAGACUUGAUGAAAGCUGGGACUUUUACAGAGAAUGACAUUGCAAUCAUAUUACGAGAGAUUUUGAAAGGCUUGGAUUAUUUACAUUCAGAACGUAAACUCCAUAGAGAUAUCAAAGCUGCCAAUGUGUUACUAUCAGAGCAAGGAGAUGUUAAACUUGCAGAUUUUGGAGUUGCUGGUCAACUCACUAAUACAACCAAUAAGAAACAGACAUUUGUGGGAACACCCUUUUGGAUGGCCCCAGAAGUCAUAAAACAGUCCGCCUAUGAUACUAAGGCUGACAUAUGGAGUUUAGGAAUAACAGCAAUUGAACUGGCCAAAGGGGAACCACCCAAUUCAGAGUUGCAUCCAAUGAGAGUACUUUUUCUUAUUCCAAAAAACAACCCUCCACAGUUGACUGGAAACUAUUCCAGAGCCUUUAAAGAAUUUGUAGAAUUGUGUUUAAAUAAAGAUCCUAACAAUCGUCCCCCUGCUAAAGAGUUAUUGAAACAUCCUUUCAUUAAGCGUGCCAGAAAAACCGCCUAUCUGACAGAGUUGAUUGACAGAUACAAGAGAUGGAAGUCUGAGAAAGGUCCAGACAGUGACAGUGACAGUGAUGAGUCAGGGGACAAUAGUGACGAUGAGGACCUGGCAACACAAUGGAUCAUGACCAUCAAAGAACAAAAGAUGCCUAAUGGAUUGCUUAAUGAGAAUGCCCCUAAGAAACAGCUGAGCCCUGUCCCAAAGAGGCAGGCCCCAGUUGCUCCCACUCCUGCCAUUCCAAUACAUGUGGAGCCCACUCCUAGCCAACCACCAGCUAUGGUUAUACCAGAGAAGAUAAACAACUCAGUAUCCACGGUCCAAACGAGUCAUAACACAGCCAGCUCGAUCAUCCAUGCACGCAGUGAUUCUGAUCCGGGCUGGUCACAGGAUGCUCGUGGAAAUAACAAUAAUGAUCUUGCUCCGAAGCAUGUUCGCAGCCGCUCUGAUAACUUAGAGCCCGUUAAUCCAAAUGCUAGGUACAGUACGCAACCACUUAUUGAAAGGCCCAAAUCUCAAUAUGAUUUGCCCAACUAUGUGAACGUAAAUAACCUGAAGACUGGCAGUGGCUAUUUAAGGUCCAAUGACGGGCCUGAUAGUCAUGGCUCCUUAGAGAAUCAAUGGCAGCAGAACCCCCAAUACCCUUACAAGCAACAGCAGUUCCAGAAAAGUGAUGUGCCCCCUGCAGUAGCACCCAAACCAGCCAAAAAGAGAGAACCAGAACGUCCGCAGAUGUCAGCAAGUCUUACCUCGACAGUGCAGCCCAUCUUAGUACAGUUACAAGAUGAAUAUAACAAUGAAUUACGAAGACUCGGUCGACCUUUGGCAUUACUCGAAGUGAUCAAGGAGUUACAGAAUGCCUUUGAUUUGUCUGAAAGGUCAUGUCCAGGUCUUACAGAUGACUUUGUGUCAGGGAUCUUAACCAGGCUGCUAGCACCUCCAUCUCCAUCAACACAGAUAUCUCAGUCCAGGGAAGCUGAUGUCAGGCGGGCUAUGGAGAAGAUCAAGAGGUCCUAGAGACUGAUCUUUGGUGCCAAGCAUUUAACUAGAUGGAUGAAUGAACUGAAAGUGUAUCUGUGUGAUAUUGUGAUUGACAGAGUUGUGAACUUCAUUGACCUGUACAUAAGUCCCUCCCCAACCAACCAGUGCAUCAAUGUACAUGUGUGAUGUCUGGGACUUGGCUAUCAUGUGUGUCCAUAUGUUACAUUAUGGAGGCAAAUACUACACAACGUCUCUAUGCGAGGCAUCAGACGUUUUGUUUUCUUACAAUGAAACCAUUUCAUGCGUAAUCUCUUUGUCUUUUUUUUUCUUUCUUGGUUCCGUUCUUUCUUCCAUACUGUAUUGGACAUAGCAUUAUCUAGAGUUAGAUUAUCAGGUUGAACAAAAAAAAAUGUAUUCUGUUUUGACAAUCCUGUGUGCAUAUAUUUACACAUUAAUACACGAUAUCCUUUUGUGAGUCUAGACCCAGACCUAGGUGGUGUUUUUUUUUACAGUGAGUUUAGAAAAUUGUUUGAUGUUGAUCAUCAUAGCAGAAAAUUAUUUAUUCCGUGAAAUAGUGCAUGUGAUUUCUUAGCAUAAUUAAUGAAGUAAUCACUAGUGUAAAUAUCAGUUCUGGUUCAUUUUGUGUUAUGGACUAGCCACUGGAAAGCAUUGGUUCGGGUUAUGUUAAGAAUUAAAUCUUUUCUUUUUUUUUUCUUGUAGAACAAAUUUUCUGUAAUAUACAAGACUACUUGCAUUUGAAGCACUCUUUAUUCAUGAUUUUAACUAAAUUAAUAAGAACAUUUGUUCAUAUAAAAUCAGUGAGAUAUAUAAACUAUAGAAAAGACAAAUGUUUGUUUGUUUUUCGUCUUCAUAGAGUUUCUUUUGCUAUGAAUGUUUUCCCCCCCACUGAAUAUCAGUGAAAUGCAUGAAUAGUUUCCACAGAUAGUUUAUGUUCACUUGCAGUACAUUGAUCAAGUAGUCAUUAUGUCCACAAGUCUUGAUGUCUUUUCCAUGAGCAGCUGACUUGUUGUGCUGUUCAAGUUAGUCCCAAGUUUUGACCAUGUUUUUUUAUGGCUAUACAAUACAGAAGGUCACUAUUUAAGAGAUGAUGUUCUUACAAAUGUAUCUUCCUAUAAAGGUCUAGCUCAAAUCUUAUGCAUCAAGUUGUAAGGUUCUAAGUAGAAUAGAUCUGCUGACACUGACCUAUAUCUUAAAGAGGAGAGUGGCUCAUUAAGAAAACACUUUUCGACACUCUCUUGUGAUAGCCCCAUCCUACUGUUGACUGAAGGUAGGGUGUGCUUAGGGUGUUUUAAAAAAAACAACAAAAUAUAAAACUCUUAGAAUAAGAAUUUAUUCAUAUAUUGUUCAGAUUUUUUUGAUUUAGCAAGUACUGUGUAAUUGGAUUUUUCAAGUGUGUGCCUAGUUUGUUUUUUUCUUUGUGUUAUACAGUGUAAUGCUGCACAAAGAGAAGUUAGAAGGCAAUCUUUAGAUGAUUUGCCAGUGUGUAUUCAACAUUUAUCACCUGUCCUAACCAGACUCAAGCCUUUGGCUGUGGUAGUGGUUUACCACAUUGGAUAAAUGUGUUAACGCCUUAUGACAUUAGUCUGCACAACUUUUGUGUUGGUGAAUGUCAGAGUGCCAUCUUUGGGCUUUUGAAUACACUUCUUAUAGCAUCUAUUCCAUUUGUUUCUUCCUCCUGUGUGUAUACAUUUUGUAAAAAAGUAAAGUUCCCCUUUCAGAUCUUGCAAUCUAUACGGCAGAUGAUGUUAAGGUCAUCUGUUUUUGUGGCCAACGGUUAACGAUCAGGGUGUCAUGUGGCCAGCACAACUACCAACUGCCUUUACUUUCCCCAACUAAAGUCAGGAACCCAUUAGAGUUGGGUGGACUCAGUGGCACCCUUAAAAUCACGAAAUUCAAAAUCCCAGCCUUCACCGAGAUUCGAACCCUGGACCCCAGGUUCGGAAGCCAAGAGCGUAACCACUCAGCCACCGCGCCCCUGAUACAUUUUGUAUGUUACUAAAUAGAUUUCUUUAAAAACAGUUGCAUCUCUGUUCUGUGGCAUUUUACUUAGCUGCUACUAUUCCUAUGAAUCUGUGCCAUUUUUGUUCUUGUUAACAUGUUUAGAAUGGGAAAGUAGUUCUAAAGCAAGCAUAGGCUGGUCUGGUGACAGAUUAAUGAAAAUGUAGAAAUAAUUUUAUAAAUAUGAUUUUAAUCUUGAGGGGAAUGAUUCAUUUUAAUAUUGCAAAGAUUGCAUCAUAUAGUAUGUUGUUUAUUUUUUUCAUACAUUUAUUUGAGAAUUGUUUAAAAAAAUGAUUUCUUUGUUUUUCCUAUGCUUCAUAACUUGUUCCUGUUUCAUCAUUUAGUCCAACCUUUUGCUAACUAAUGAUUUUAUCAUUUGUGUUUGAAUUGUAGAUAAUUGUAGAUCUAAACAAAUUAGGAAGGUGAUAAUACUAUUGCUUAUAAUGGUGGUUUAAAAAAAAAAGAUUUUUUUUUUCCUGCAAUGUGUGUUGAUUGCUAAUUAAUCCUGAAUAACAAGCUAUAACACUUUCAUUAUCGAUCAUUUUUGCAUUUGAAGCCCUUAACUUGUUUGAAUACUAAAGAACAGAAAUCUGUAUUUUUGGUUUGUUUGUUUUAGUAAAAUGUUGUAUAUUUUUCAUUAAUCAGGUCAUCAAAUGGCAUACAGAUAUUUUAGCUGUUGGAGUUCUUUACACAAUUGAAUAGACUUGUGCCAAUAUACCAAUGUAAUUAGUUUAUCCAAAGCAAUGGAUUCUUGACCCAUUUUUUUUUGUUUGUUUAUUAUUUAAGCUUUUUUUUUUUUUUUUUUUUUUUUUUUUUUUUUUGAAAAUGUUUGCCAUUUGAAUUCUUUGACGUUGAAAUUUGAUUUGUGAUCAGACAGCAGCCUGUAUGGUUCCCAAUCUAGUUGAGACAUCAGCAAUAUCAAAGCAGUUGUUUCUCCUAAGUUGAACUCUUAGUGCUCUAAUCUCAUGUUCUGUCGUUAUAUUGAAGAAGUCUGCAUUGUGGCUUAUUCAAGAUUGAGAUUGUGUUGUUGUUUCUAUUGAGAAAAUCAUGACCAUCUUAAGUUCAAGCUGGCAAACAAGGUAGCAGACUUUAAAAAAAAAAAUAUAUUCUAUCAGAAUGGACAUUGCAAAUAAGAUAUGUCUAAAUGAGAAAUCACAAGUUUUGGGAACCAUUGUCAUUGUUACAGCACCAUAUCAGGAUAUAUAUAUUAUAUAUGUAUGAAUAACAUGUCUCUCAUUGUCUUAUAUUCACGUGUUUACUUUGUUGUUCUGUAUAUGUCUGUCUCUGUAGACUUCCCAGUGUGUCUGUCUCUGUAGAAUUCCCAGUAUGUCUGUGUAAUCAAGUGUGAUAAUUUCCUAAAACAUUCCAACAGUCUUCAUGACCUAACGCCUAGUGCUGUACAUAGCUCUGACCUUGUGAUACCUAGUAGGGUCAGCUGAGACUAAACCAUGUCGCCACCUUACUGUACAAGAACAACUGAUUUUGUCCAGUUUUUCUUUUUCUGUUUUUCAUCGCUCUCUCUAUUCACCAUUUCCUCAGUACAGAGAAUCUAGGUCAAAGUUUUGUUUGAGCUGGACAUUCAAGGUUUGUCUUCACAUAAUGUGGCAAGAACACAUUGGAUUUGAUAGGAGCUGAACAACAUCGGAAUUUACAAACUUGAGAAACUUGGAAUCAGAAUUGUUUACAAUGGAUGGGGAAGAAGCAGUAAAUUUAUUUAAAACUUUUCCCCCACAGAAAUGCAGCUCAUAGUCUAGAACUCAAACUAUUGGCUUUUUUUUUCUAACUUAAUAUAUAGGAUUCAGUUGUUUUGGUUAUCUACAAUUCAAUAAAGACAAACCUCCAUUACCAUCGUCUUCUAGAAACACUUUUGUGGUCCAAGUCAGCAGUAAACUUUUCUACUGAUCUACUUGCACUGAAGGUUUGUGCAUGCCUACAGAAGACUUUGCAUUUGUAGAUGCUGAAAUAGUUCAAUCAGCAAUGAAUGGCUCAUGCAAAACAUAUCUGCUGCAUCCUGGACCGUGAGGGACAGCUGGAGGCCACACAGGUUGUCUCAUACUUGUGGUUUAUAUUGCAGGCAGUACAAAGACAUUUUAGCCCAAACUUGUUUCAUCAAGGGGCUAAAGCUUGACUUGGGCCAAAGAUAUCCUGUGAAUCAUGUGGUCACACGUGUGUGAUAGGGACACUUCUGGCUUGCCUGGCACAAACCUUAAAGCUACCUAGUUGUUAUGGCUUCACAGUUUCAUGCUGAAAGAAGAGAACUGACUGCUUAAACUUCUUGUGGCACUUUUAUCAGUCCCAAUAUUGCAUUAUAUUAAAAAAAUUAAUUCAUUUACUGAUAGCCUCUGUUGUGUAGUGGAUGGAGAAAAACUUUUUUUUUCUUUUAGCAAUAUUUUGGAAUUCAACUUUUAGUGGAGUGAGCUGCUUGCUGACAAUUUGUACUGAGACUAACACGCUACACACAGCCUUAGAAUUUUAUUACUUGACAGAAUUUUGUAAUUUAAUGUUCAAGGGGAGGAGACAUUAAAAAAAUUUUUUUUUAGAUUUUAUUUAAUUGUGAAUUACACAUUUCUGAACUCAAUUCAAUUAGCAUCCAUUUCAGAAGUGUGUAAAAACUGUCCAGGAACUUUACACUUAAGUUUUUUUGUGUGCUCCUUUCAUUGAGAUUUUCUUCCUUUCUUUUGACUACCACCCUUACAUUUAUACACAAAGUUUGUUCAAUAUGACAUACAGGAAAUGUGUGGUCAUGAAAUGUUCCUAUUACAACAAUAACAUGUUUUAUUGGACCACCAAAUCAAAAAAAAAAAAAAACAUCUCGAGGAAAUAGCAACAUUUGAAGGGAAGCUAUGUGUGGCAUUUUCUUUGGAACAAAAAAAAAAAAAAGAAGAAGCCAUUUCCAUGGCAACCUAGAAAAUGUAAUUUUAAAUUACUUGUUGCUCCUCCCUUUUUUUUUUAACUUCCUUGUUCUCUAAUCUCUGUGUACUCUAUAGACGUUUAUCUGACCACUGUAGCAUUGUACUAGACUAGGUACUAGUGAGCAUUGGUCUGGUCAUCUCUACUACCACUGGUAGCAUUACACUCAGUGGGAGGUGUUCUCUUUGAAACUAUAACAUGUUGUGUCAACAGAAAUCUUGUGAUAUGAAGUUUAAAAUGUUUAUGUUGCAUCCUGUCUCUGGUUUUAAUGAGUUAAAAAAACAACAGAAAGUUAACCUUGGACUACCACUGGCUACAUUUUAUCUGUUGACAUGUUGAAGCUAUUUCCCCCUUGUUUGUAUUUAAAAAUGUUUUCAAUUGGACAAAUAUAAAUUGUGUAUAUAUAAGAUAUUAAAUUUGUUUGUUUGUUUGUUUUUUUUUUUGUUAAAAAAAAAUACAACUUAUAUAUUAUUAUAAAAGAUUCUAUAAGCCUCAUCAGUAAAUAUAUGUAUUUAUAUUAUUACAGUUGUAUGAUUAAUAGGAAAUAAAACUAAUAUGAAACAAUA